UGACAUUCAAGGUUUUUGAUCGGUGAUCGCUAAUUUUGACAUUUCGAAAAUGGUAUCCCGAUCUUUAAUGAACCGCUUUUGCCGUAAAUUCCUAAUCAAAUUAUCGAAUUGCUUCAGUUAUAUAUAGUAAUUAGUCACGAUAUAUCAAUUUCUCGCUAUCGAAAGUGUCGCACGGCCAAUGGUGUGUGUAAAGUUCGCGAAAAGGGUACCAGAUCUCCCGAAUGUCGUCCACAAACUCCCAAUCAGUGGCUAUGGACGUUGACGGUCCCACUGGCGCACCCGGCACAUUGAAGAGGAGCUCUAGCGCCCCCAUGAUCAACGAAGCAACAGCAGUGAUGAGCGCAGCGAACGCAAGUUCAUCCAGCAAGGAGCAGCAAACAUUCAACCACUUGUUUGGAAAUUCAGCUCAGACUAGAACUAGAAGAUUUAGUGCCAGCUUCAGUCAAGUUCCUGGAUCACCUCUUCCGGGCCCCCGUCUGGGGCCGCGCAUCAACCAACUGCGCCGCGAAGAGCACGAAGUGGCGACGAACGUUCGCGAGCUGGCGCACGAGCGCGAGAUCCACCACGCCAUGCAGAUGUCGCAGUCCUGGGAGGACCUCAGCCUGAUGCACGACGGCGCCGAAGCGAAGGCGGCCAAUCGGAUGGGGCCGUUGCAGAUUUCGCUGCCGGCGUGCGUGGGCGCGUUCACGUGCAACUCGCCCUCGCCCACCAGGAUGGGGUUCCAGAGCCCUACCAGGUCGAGGACGAUCAUAAGGAGGAGCGCUAGUCCCGUGCUAAGACCUAGUCCGUUGGGAGUGAAAAGAAAGCUGGACGAUGACAUCCAUGCCAGCCCUAGGGCUAAAAGAGUGUACAGUUAUUCUGGCAGCGUAGACCGAGGAGGUCUACUCACUACCACAGGCAACUCGCUACCGGGCUCUCUCAGUUCCGUUGGCACCCCGGAGUCCCUUUCCGGCGCCGAUUCGCCGGGCUACAACUUCCGCACCGUCGACAGCCCUUCCCCCGGUAGGGCUGCGCCGGUCGACGGGCUGCUGGCCUCGAAGAACGACCAGGAGAUGAGGGAGAGCCCCAGCUAAGGAGGCUCUCCGGGCAGCUUUCUUCCCCGCGAGAAAUUAGUUAAUGGAGGUCUUGCCAUUUAUGCUGUCAAUUUUAUUGUUAUUCGAAAUUUCUCUGAGUUGGUGGGACCACUGAUCAUCAUGUGCUCAGUAUCGAAAAACUACCAGUAAAUACAGGGUGUUCCUUAAUGCCAUGCUGAUAUUCAAAGGGGCGAUUCAUGGAGUCAUUUCAAGAAUAAAAUUUCAUAUGAACGUAUGUGGCAAAAGUCCUAACUUUUGAGAUACAGGGUAUCAAAGUUCAACAUAUACAUAGAUUCUUUUUUUGUCCCCCCUUUAUAGCUUUUCCUGAUGGCAAAAUUCAUUCUGCUAUGUGCAAACGGUGCAAAAAUUUCAAAAUGUCACAUACUGUGGUAAUCCAGUAAUAGCUGUCCUGAAUGGAGUACUCAACCUCUGCAUUUACAUCAAAAUUUGAAGUUUGAUCUACAAAAAAUCUACAUAGUGGCCCAGAUGCUUCUUCAUUCAUCAUGAAGUCAAAUCGAUUAUAAAUCACUAAUUACAAUUUAUCCUAAAUUUAAUAUAAUUUAUCACAAGUUUAGUAAAACUGACAUUUAUCAUCCCCUACUUCCAAAGAGUGUAUUCCUUGAUGUCCAUUUUUGGAAAUAAAUCUGUUUUUGGAUGUACUAUCGCCAGAGAUUAUAUUCAACCAACGUGUAUAGAAAUAUCUUUCGACUACCUAUCAAAUUAUCCAUAAUUCUGAAGUGUUUGUUCAAUCACCUGAAUUUUUUCAACAGGGAAUAAUAAGUUAUUCAUAAUAUUGUAAUUAACUCUGAUUCCUUAUAACUUCAGAAUUUCUUAUGCAAAAUACUCAGUAAUCAACAAACCAAAUAAUUUAUUACAAACAAAACAUUUUUUGAUUAUAAUCAACAGGAAAAUCAAAACAAUUUUACUUGGAAAAAAUGUACCUAUACUGUCCAAUUUUUCUGUAAAAAAUGUGCUCCUAAUCCUUAAUAGUGUGACCAAUUUUAUUAUGAAACUCUGUUAAUAGGUAGGUAUACCUUCACUAUUUUUCUCCUGAUCUACUCUACAGCGUCGUUCAGUAUGGAAUUUCAGACUACUUAUGCCAAUUUUUUCAAACCUUGAGAAAAUACUGGAUCCCUCUCUGUAUAUAUGAGGUUUUGUUAAUUGUAAAUAUAUAUAUAUAUAGAUAAGAAGUUCCGUUUUUGAAACUUUUUCUUAGACAUUGAAAUAUUAUAUAUUGUUAUCUGACGUUUUCCCCAUGAUUACUCCUCUGAAGAUUAUAGAAAAAAUAUAGUCUCGUUUGUUUUUUCAAAGAACUAAAAAUAUAUGGACUGAAAAAAAAUUGAACUUACCAUAUUUUCAUCAUAAUAUAUUUAUUAACCAUAUAAUGUGUAAAGAUAAGGAAAAUAUUUUGUGAAAUCAAUUUUGUAGAUUAUUCCAGAGAUUUUAUUUGUCACUAUACAACUUUAAGGUUUAUCUAGUCUGUAGUGUUAAUUUAGGUUUAGUUGAAUCUACGAAUUCUGUUGAAUAUAAUAUAUAAAAAUCAAAAGGUGCUAAAAUAAAAUUUGUAGCCAAUGAAAAGUCUCUUACUUCAUAAUAUUUGUUCUCAUAAUUUGUUCCUAUCAUUUUCCAUAUUAUCCCACCUAUGAAAUUAUCAAUAUAAUAGAUUUCUGUCGAUAAGUUCAGUCGAAACGAGGAAAAUGUUUCAGCUUUCCAAACCCAUUUUUUUGGAGUAUAUUGCUUAAAGGUUUUUUUUUUCGAAAAC